CAUUUUUUAACCGCAACAACAAUUGGAGUGAAGAACUAGUUGAGGAUCCACCAGAAGCAUCUCUAUCUGAAUGCCUCUCAGGCACUGAUCCUAACGGUUCAUACAAGAAGAAGAGGUUACUGAAUGCGUUAACUGGCGAGUCAGUUUCCUUGCAACGUUAUUAGUCACAAAAGAAAUAUAGGCAAGAGGAAUCCUUAAAACAAGAAUCAGAAUCUUGGUAUGCCGCUUAUCUCCACGGUCACUUUGGGCUUGCCAUGACACUUGAUGAUAAAGGUUCUUCUGAACAACAAGAAGGUACAAGGAGUUCUGGAAAACGAAGACGUAGUAGAUGGGACAAAGUAGAGAAUGAUCAGGCUAAUAAAGGAAAGGAAAGAAAACUAAAUGGAUUAGUGAUGAUUCGUAGCUGAAACAGAUAGGUCCACUUCAGUUGCCUUAUUUCCGGAAAGAGCUUCUUGCAGGAUCAGAAUUGGAGUCAGAGAUUUAGGAGUUGAAAGCUGAACUAGUAGACAUAAGCAAAAAGUUGCAGGCAUCUGAGCUUCAUGAUGACAGGCCUAUGGAGGAAAGAUCUCCUUCACCUGAACCAGUGUACGAUUACUUUGGUAUCAUAAUAAAUACACGCCAAGAAAGGCUCCGUCAGAAACUUCUCCAAAAACGCCAACAUAUCAUAUCUAAGUUGAUUAAGAAGAAUCCCACUCUUCAACAACCUUUGGAGUAUAAGUCCUCGAAGCUGUUUAAGAAACCUUACAUACCGGUGAAAGAAUAUCCUACCUACAAUUUUAUUGGACCUAUAAUUGGCCCUCUUGGGAAUACACAAAAGAGAAUGGAGAAGGGAAUAGGGGCUAAGAUCCGUUUAAGAGGUAAAGACAUAACAACAGAUCCACAGAAAAAUGAUGAAGACUUGCAUGUCUAUGUUGAGGCCAACAACCAAAAAUCAUUGGAUGCAGCAGUUGGGAUGAUUGAGAAACUACUAAAACCAACUGAUAAGGGAAUGAAUGAGCAUAAGCGGGGCCAGUUAAAGGAACUUGCCACACUGAAGGCAAAUAUGUGCAAAGUUUGUCACGAUCACGGGCACCAGUAUUUUGCCUGCCCUUAAUGGCAAUCUACUUUUAAAAUGGUACGUUGUGACAAAUGUGGCAGCUACAACCAUCCCAUAGAAACUUGUGGGGCAAUAGCAAUGUCUCCACAGAGCAACUCUGGGCAGGGUUCUGGGUCUACCCUUGGCUCAACUACAAAAACACAAGACAAAGCUAACAAAGAAAUUGAUGAAACAAACCUCUAUGUUUGCUUCCUACCAGAAAACGUGGAUGACAACCGAUUAAUGGAGCUAUUCUCUCCAUUCGGUAAGAUUACUAAAGUAAGAGUUAUGAGGAAUCUAACCACAAGA